AUGGUUGGUAACAUUCAAAUGCACUGGAACGACGAACUUGUCACCGCAACAUUCAACAAAUCUCAUCAUAUAUUUCAACAACUCUCGUUUCCAUCGGAAUUUAUUUGGACUCCAACAAUUUCCAUAUUCAAUUCCGUGGAUUCAAUGGCAUCGACCUUGGGACAGGGUUUCCAUAAUGUUCGCAUUGACAUGACUUCUGGAGACGUAACAUGGGCAUUCGGGAUGGUGAGUAGGACGGGGUGCGCCGUUGAUGCUACAAACUACCCAUUUGACGUUCAGAAAUGCACCUUGAUUUUAACUCCAAUGAGUUACAUCAAUACCGAAAUAGAUUUCAACAUGCACGAAUCGGGCUUUCUGACAGAUGAAUUUGUCGGCAGUGAAGAGUGGAAUGUAACGGAAACGGAAGUCAGCAUGAGGGUCGUAAGAAGACAAGCCUUCUUGUUAUUUACAAUUUCACUUGCUCGAAAACCAACAUUUUUCAUGAUAAACAUGGCACUGCCUAUUUUUCUGUUGGCGAUUCUGAACACACUUGUGUUUCUGUUACCAUCGAAUACCGGUGAACGAGUAGGCUAUGCUAUUGCUGCCUUCCUCACAUUUGCCGUCUUCCUCAGCUUGAUGAGUGCAAGCUUACCUCAAGCCUCGUUCCCGAUGCCUCUUCUUUCCUACUAUAUGCUGAUUAUGUUACUUCUGAGUUCUACAAUAACUUUUGCCACUGUGUUCAAUUUAAGGUUUCAUUUCGAAAAAAGAAAUUUACCAGUACCAAAGUACUUAAAAACACUGGUGGACAUAACAAAUUGUAGUCGGUUUGGGUAUUUCAGCGGUCCUAAAAAAGAUGUCGAAAUAGGAAAAAUGUCUGUGACCAAUAGAGAAUCCGGCACCGCGAGUAGUGAAGACCGGACUGGUGACAAGUCUGUAAAUGAAUAUGAUGGGGAAAUGAUCGGGAAAGCGUUGGACAAGAUCUUCUUUAUGACUUAUUGGAUAAUCUAUUUAUGUGUGUCACUUGUCUUUUACAUCAAAGUGCAACAAGUUUCUAAUUAA